CAAAGAAACUAAAAAAGAUGGGGUUGUGUAAGAUUUCAUUGCCACUUCUUGUUGGUCUCAUGGGAUUAGCCCUAGCUCACGUCUGUUGUGCCCAGAACUCUCCACAGGACUACGUCAAUGCUCACAAUGCAGCACGGGCACAAGUUGGCGUUGGGUCUAUGACAUGGAACGACACUGUAGCUUCCUACGCCCAGAACUAUGCUAACAAGAGGAUUAGCGACUGCAAUCUAGUGCACUCAGGUGGGCCUUAUGGUGAGAACCUGGCCAAGGGCAGUGGUUCAUUGACAGGCACCGAUGCGGUGAACUUGUGGGUGGGGGAGAAGCCUAAUUAUGACUACAACUCCAACUCAUGCGUUGGUGGGGAGUGCCUGCACUAUACUCAGGUUGUUUGGAGCAACUCAGUUCGCCUUGGGUGCGCCAGGGUUCAGUGCAACAAUGGGUGGUGGUUCGUCACAUGCAACUACGAUCCACCGGGCAACUAUGUGGGACAACGGCCUUAUUAAACAUUAUGAAACGACCUCUAAGCAAGUACUACAUAUAUGUAAUAAGCUGAUCAGCAUAUAUACAAUGGGUCAGUGCAAAUAAGAUCAACUUUGUGCUUUUAGCUGACCAAGGAAGAUAUAAUUGAGGUAGUUUUUCAGUAAGAUCUUGUUUUAUUCUCCUUCUGUACUCAAAAAUACUCAAGAGAGAUGCUUAAUUUCCAAGUAUAAUAAAUUCAUAGUAGUACUUCAAAGCA